UGCCCAUGGCAGGGGGUGGCACUGGGUGGGCUCUAAGGUCCCUUCCCACCCAAAGCAUUCCAUGAUUCUGGGAUUCUCAGCCCUGAGGAUUUGCUGUGUUAUUUAACAAAACCUUUUGCAGGUGACACCACGUGUUGCCUCAUCUGUUGAUCUGGUUUAAAACUUCUGAAUGACAGAGACUCGAAUUGCCUGCAAACAGUUGCUGUUGUUCUUAUGGAGUGAUUUGAGUUAUUUAAUUUAACAAGGCUUUAAUGACCUGUUUGCUCUCUGGACAUUCAGACAUCACAGUGUGGUCUCUGUGUGUUUGUUCAGGUCGCUAUGAAGGCCUUGUUUGGGCAGCAGAAUUCACCUGGAGAGGAAAUGACUUUUGUGUUCCAGGAAAGAGAAAACCUUCCUCCCCCCGGGGACCACGAGGUGAAGGUGCAAGUGAGGGCCUGUGCCCUGAGCUGGGUGGACACAAAGCUUCUGUCAGAAAUUAAGCUGAAGAAGGAACUCGUGCCUGUGGGACGAGAGAUUUCUGGAGUGGUGCUGGAAGUUGGGAGCAAGGUGACCUUUUUCCAGCCGGAUGAUGAAGUGGUGGGAAUUUUACCUCUGGAUUCUGAGGAGUCUGGUCUCUGUGAAGUUAUCCUGGUUCACGAGCAUUAUUUGGUGCAGAAGCCAGAGAAGGUUUGCUGGGCUGCAGCAGCCGGGACGGUGCGCGAUGGGCUCCGGGCCUACACAGCCCUGCACUACCUGGCCCAGGCCUCUCCUGGGACAACUGUGCUUGUGCUGGAUGGAGCCAGUCCGUUCGGCACCAUCGUGGUUCAGCUGGCCCAGCACAGAGGGGCCAAAGUCAUUUGCACUGCCCACAGCCUGGAGGACAAGCAGUUCCUGGAGAGGCUCAGGCCUCCUGUGGCCCGGGUGAUCGACGUGUCCCACGGCAAGAUAGACGUGGCUGAGAGCUGCCUGGAGGAGACAGGAGGGCUGGGAGUGGACAUUGUGCUGGAUGCUGGAGUGAAAUUAUAUAGUGCUGAAGAUGAAUCAGCUUCAAAAUCCCAGCUGCUGCCUCACAAGCACGACAUCAUCACUCUGCUUGGGGUUGGGGGACACUGGAUAACAACAGAAAAAAACCUUCAGCUGGAUCCUCCAGACAGCCAUUCCUUGUUCCUCAAAGGAGCCACAGUGUCCUUCCUGAACGAUGAGAUAUGGAACUUGUCCAAUGUGCAGCAAGGGAAGUAUCUCUCCAUCCUAGAAGAUGUCAUGGAGAAAUUGUCAAGUGGUGUUUUCAGGCCUCAGCUGGAUGAACCAAUCCCACUGUACGAGGCCAAAGUUUCUAUGGAAAUUGUUCAGAAGAAUCAGGCCAGAAAAAGACAAGUCAUCCAGUUCUGACAGGCAAUCUCCUGAUUUCUGAGCCUGUGGGAGACAAAGAAAUGUAAUAUAUUUGUGGAGUGAAUCAGUGUACACUUUCAAACAGUUCUGUAAGCAGAAUUUAAACAUCCUUUGUACCUCAGCACAAAUGGUCUCGAAGCUCUUGUGACUUUAGGGUUUUUUUAAUCUACAUGAGCAGAAUGUUCCCAUCAGGUUUCCAAAGAAGCAGCCUUGACCUACAGAUCUUGUCUGCCCUGCCCCAGUUACAAACAUCAGUAACAUCUACAGGCAAACCCAGCUGCUGAUGGGUUUCAACCGUAAGAAAUUAAAGGGGAAAAAAAAUCAUCUGGAACCA